ACAAAACCAAAACAUGCUUUGUAAUAGAUGGUGACGUUUCCUAGUGCGUGUUAUUGAGCAAUAGCAAUCUAUCUACAUGGAAGCAGACACGCGAGCGGCGUGACACAUUUGCGAAAUCAUGGCAAAGACGAUACAAUGCCGGCUGUGGCACGGGGACUAGCAGUCACUGGUUUAUUUCCCCACCCCCAACUCCAAAUUGCUUAGUUUGAACUAGAAGUAGCAAAUAUAAUAUGCUGAAGAUGACCCAUUACGUCGAGCUGGGCAGUUAUCCGGAAUGGCCUAUGCUCAUACCACAGAAGAUACGACUAUACACCUUUGAACAACUCCCCAUGUACCUAAGAGAGAACCCCUACAUCACAGAUGGCUAUAGGGCCCACCUGCCUUCCAAACUCUGCCUAAGGAGUAUUUUUGUUCUGUCCAAUGAGACUGUAAACAUCUGGAGCCACCUACUGGGCUUCCUUCUCUUCUUCUCUCUGGCGGUCAAUGACAUCAUGAAAGUUCUGCCAGCUUCUGGAGCCGGCAGAGAGGACUAUGUCAUCUACGUUAUAGGACUGUUUUGCUUUCAGGUUUGCAUGUUAUGUUCUGUCGGUUAUCAUCUAUUCUUGUGCCACCGAUCAGAGAAGAUGAGUCGUCGCUGGCUGGCGCUGGACUAUGCAGGCAUUUCUAUCGGCAUCUUGGGCUGUUACGUGCCAGGCAUCUUUUACUCCUUCUAUUGCAAUCCCUUUUGGCAGCAGGUCUACUCUCUGACGGUUCUCUGCAUGAUCCUGUUUGUCUUCGGUGCUCAAUUCCACCCACGGUACAUGAGCGCUGAGUGGCGCUGCACGAGGGUGUCCAUCUUUUUCGGCAUAGCCUGUAUUGGCGUGGUUCCAACAUGCCAUUGGGUGUGGCUCAACGGGGGCCUCACCUGUGACAUUGUUAAGAUGUUCCUGCCCCGCCUGAUUAUUAUGUACCUCAUUGGAGCGGCUGCCUUUGUCUUCUAUAUUACCAAAAUGCCUGAGCGCUGCUUCCCUGGCCACGUGAACUACAUCGGCGCUAGUCAUCAGGUGUGGCACGUUCUGGUGGUCGCCAUGCUUUACUGGUGGCACCAGACUGCAGUGGACAUCACGCAGUUCCGUCACAGCCAGCCUUGCCCGCCAAGAACACAAUGACAACGAUCAAACAACAUACUUACUCUUGCACUUCGGAUUGUCGAACAAACCGAGUGCUAUUUGUUAAUGUCGAAAAUGUUUACAUUUGGUCAUUAUUUAUGAACAAGCAUGUCCAGCAAAGCCAGUAUAUGUCAGUAUCACGUCAAUUGAAGAUGACUGCAAUUGCCAUUACUUACCAGGUGUUAGUGCAUGAAGUUUCUAUUUAUGUAUAGAAACAUGAGAAAGUGUUGUUUUUUAGAAUUAUCCUGCUUGAGACAGAAAAAUCAAACAUACAUUUGCACAUUUACGGGUGAAGUAAAAGUGGGACCCUUUUAUUGAACAAAGCGGCAUUACAAAACGGCGCUGUGCACUGUUUAAAAAUAUGUGGUAGGGGGCCUGUUUUAUCAUAUGUAUUCAGCAUGACACAAUUUGUGUUUAGAAGCAGCAAACAUGACAGUGUGAUGGAUGUACCUGAUGCUAAGUUAGCAUCACAAUAUCAAAAAAAUCAAAUUGCUGUAAUUACAGUUUUGCUGUUAGGUAUCUAAUAUUGCCAACAAUUUGAGAUGUCACAAAAAAAUAAAAUUUAAUCUCAAUUUAUAUUCCCCUAAUCGAUUACGAUAUACAGUGGUACCUCGACAUACGAUCGCUUCGACACAAGAUCUUUUCCACAUCCAACGUAAAAUUUGACUCACUAUUUGUUUCUAUAUCCGACGACGUGCUCGAAAUAUGACGAUUUAUGACAGCGCCGCAGUUUCUUUGUUUUCACGCAAGGAGAAUGCACGGCGGAUUUUUUUGUGAGAGAAAUCAACAUGGGUUCCAAGAAUGUUACUGCAGGUGGUGAAAAAAUAGGUGAGGCUUACCAUUGAAAUGAAGAUGGAAAUGAUGGAAAAAUAUGAGCGUGGUGUGCACGUCCGUGAACUGGCUCGACAAUACGUCCGUAGAAUUUGUACGAUUUCGACGGUCCUCCUCCGACCUCCAUUUGCCAGUCUUUAUAAGUUAAGGUGACAAGUAUUAUGAUCGUAACACAGCCCAAAAAAAUCACCAGUUUCAUCAGGUUUUUAAUCUUUAUUUCAGAACUUGUGCAACACAAAAUGCCUACUGUCUACUGCAGCUUAAAAAGAAAAAUUAAAGUAAAAAGUCCUCUCACUCGGUCACGUCAGCCACACGGUGCGUUCAGGUACACCACGCAUAACACAUCCAUUAGAAUCCGAUUCGUUACAUUAUUACAGGUAUUAUUAUUAUUCCAAUUUUUAUUCAUAAUUGAUUUGCUCUGUAAUUGCAAUAAUGCCAUUGACAGCCAUGUAUGUCGAUUCUAUUGAUAUGUACUGGACUGUACUUGGAUUCCAUUGACGCACAUGUAAGUCGAUGCCUUUGACGGCUAUAGACGUCCAAAUUUCCCAUUAAUUUCCAAUGGCAUUUUCAUUGCAUUGAUGCCAUUGACGGCCAUGUAUGUCGAAUCUAUUGAUGCCAAUGUACUUGGAUUCCCUUAACGCAUAUGUAAGUCGAUGCCAUUGACGGAUAUGGAUGUCCAAAUUUCCCAUUCAUUUCCAAUGGCAUUUACUUUUGCACUGACGCCCAAGUACACAGAUGCCAUUGACGGCCAUGUAUGUCAAUUCUAUUGAUGCCAAUGUACUUGGACUCCAUUCACACAUAUGUAAGUUAAUGCCAUUCACGGCCAUGAACGUCCAAAUUUCCUGUUCAUUUCCAGUGGAGUUUACAUUGCAUUGAUGCCAUUGACGGCCAUGUAUGUGGAUUCUAUUGAUACAAAUUUACUUGGAUUCCAUUGACGCAUAUGUAAGUUGAUGCCAUUGACAGCUAUGGACGUCCAAAUUUCCAAUUCAUUUCCAAUGUCAAAAAAACCUGUGGCCCCAAAUUUUGUCCCCGAAAUGUCCCCAUAUUAGCCGGAAGGGGAUAAGAUCUGUGUCCCCCCACAGCAAAGCACCAGUUAUUUCUCCAGAAAUGGCAGUUUCUAGUUGCUAUUUGUACCAGAAGCAUUUAUUAAGGAUUUAAUGUAGGUUUCCGGGCUGUGGAACGAAUUAAUAUGAUUAUAAUGUAUUCUAAUGGGAAAAUUCUGCUCGAGAUACGACCAUUUCGUCUUACAAGCGAAGCCCUGGAUCGAAUUAACUUCAUAUGUAGAGGUACCACUGUACUAUUAUGUGAAAUAGUUGUAGCAAAGCACGGCGCUCAUACUUGACCAAGUGAAAUAGCAGCCAAUACACAACAACAGCUUGUGGUUUGCAAAAGCAACUUUGAUUUAGCGUCAUAUGUGAUGGUUGACAAAGCUAAGGGGAAUUGAGGGCUCGCACCCUUGCUGAAUUUGAAAGUUUGCUCACUUACAUAAGAGCUUUCUUGUCAUGGCAAAAGUCACAAAAUCAGUAAAUCUAGACAAAUCACAACAAUUGAAAUGUGAUAAAAUGUACAUCUAAUUCAUCGGCUGCCAUUGGCUGACUACAAGCAACUCCCAAUUAAAUUGGAUCCCACACUUGUUCCCUUCCUCUGAAUCAAUUAAUUCAAUGAAUAAUAAUGACAUACUAUGCAUAAUUUCUAUUCCAAAAUUUAAACCUACAAAUACACAGGAAGAUCAAAUAAUGUCCCUCAACCAGCUGCAAAACUACACUACGAAUAUGCAUGCUAUACAAUCAAUUUUUAUAUACUUUCGGAGGAGUGACUGCAUGUUUUAAUGGGUGAUUAGCUGACUUUGUAUUACUCCUGUUUUACAGGAUAACAAAAAAAUCGGGCCAGCUUUGUGUGACCGCUAUAUUAUAAUCUAUGUCACGUGUGAAUAGUGUCGAUUUGAAGUGAUUCAGAUAUAAAGAAUUGUUGUUCCUACUGUAUUUUUCCUCAGUCAUUGUCAUACAGUACUUCAUUUGCCUUGUACCUCAAUGCCGCUGUAAUUUUCUUUAUUUUAAAAUGCAACAAAGCAGAGUUUUUUUUUUUUUUUUAAUAAAACUCUGGAACUGACUUUUAAGAUGUGUAAGAUAUUUUCACGGCCCAUGUGAACAAAAAUCUAUUUUGAAUGAAUAAACAAUGUUGGGAAGUAUUUGC